UUAUUCUAUUUUAGCUCUACUUCUGGCUGUAAUGGCAUCUUCUCACGCCGCUUGGAUUUUUCAUCUUUCAAUCUGUUGCCGAAAACUCGCUUAAAUUCCUAUCAAGUUAAGAUUGAAGACGAGGGUAAUCAUGGCAAUGAUGAAACCAGACUUUUCAUUCUCUCCUCCUUGGCUCAGUCACAAAAGAGCCGUGUUGCAUGCAUUUUGUGCGAGGAACCAAUGUUGGUGUUCGACCGUUACCCAUUGGUCGAUGGUACAUUCUUUUUGAGUCCCAAACAACAUUCAACGGAUUGCAUUGAGGUAAAAUAUGAAGGACGCUCUGUUUAUUUGACUUGCGUUUGCAUGCGCUGUCUGGAUGGUACUUCUACUCAUCGUAACAUUAGCUGCAGAUUCUGUGGUGAAAAAUGGGACGGUUCCAAUCUAGUCUUGGGUACCAUGUAUGCUUAUGAUAUAUUUGCUGCUAUGCCAUGUUGUGCUGAACGUCUCAAGUGCAAUAAUUGCUUCAAAUUGUUGUUACAUCCACAACAACGUCUCAAUUUCUACAGUGACUAUUCGCACUGUGUCACAUGCCCCUAUUGUGCCACUCAGGAUACGCAUUUCGUUAAACCAUUGACCUACUGUUACACCAAAUGCCUGAACGGGCGCCUAUCAGCGAUCGCAUAACAUGAGGCCUCGUUGGAGUUGCCCACAAACACAGCUGCCGGACAAUCAGCAACGGCUGCUGGGGUAACUUCAACGAGCCUCUCUCAACAAAAGGCCACCGCCGCCAAUAACAACAAAAAGGUGGUCUUAUACAAUCCCAAUAUUGAUUAUUCGGCACCAUUGCAACAAGAAAUCAAUGCUGAAUUAAUUGGGUCUCAUCCACAUGCUCAACAAUAUCACAAAUCAUCGCAGCAGCAGCCAGGAGGAGGACAACAGGUAAGAGCAUCGGCAGGCCAUGGUAUGCGUUCUGCCUCGUUGUCGUCGGCAUACAAUAAUGCUAAUAAUUCAGCGGGAGCAACGUCUGUGACGUCAUCGGCUGCGCCAACCAACGGCGGAGUAUCUGCGGCAGUCAAUAAUGUUAAUAACAGUUUAGCAUUAAAAUUAAAUGAACAAUGUAAUAUUAGUAAAUUAAGUACACAGGCUGUCGCUGCCAACCAACAACAACAACAACAGUUGCAGCAAUUACAUCAACAAAACCUAUAUCAGACAGCAUCAAACACUGCUACGUUCCCCUUGGAUUCCAUGGCCGGCGGCAAUCAUUGCAGUGAGGCCAUGAUAUCCUCUCUAUGGGGUUCAGAGUCCAGCUCCAGUGGUUGUUCCUCUGGAUCGGGUUCACAGCCAUCGUUGAGCCCCACCCUUUUGACUUCGGCACCGAACUAUCGCAGCAACAGCAAGGAGUCUCUGUGGUCGCAGCAGACCUCACCAUCGACCAGUAGCUCAGGUUGUGGCAACCAACUCAGGGAUACUUAUUACACAGGUUCUUCAAAAUUGUCCACCACCAAUACUUCACCCACCUCCUGGUCGAUUGGUAAUGCACAACAACAGCAGCAGCAGCAACACAUGUUAUACGAUACAAAUGAAUUGAAUUUGUCCAAAAUGAAUAAUAUCUGGGAAAUACCCCAGAAUACCAAUGGCAACAAUAAUAAUGGUUCGGCAUUUAACCAUCAUGAUUUAUUCCCCGAAUUGUGGAGUAAUUUGAAUUGCCAGCACCAUGCCAUUACCACUGAUAAUAUUUCAGAUAUUAGCUCGAAUACAUCCUCCACCAAUAAUGAAUGUGCUGAUAUUUGGCGUACUACCGGAAACCACAACAACAACAACACCCACCACCAGGCCACCAAGGCGGCCAUGUUUGGUACUAACACAGCUACCAACAACAACAAUCUUAACAUGAAUGAAAAUAAUAAUCCCAGCGGUUUGGGAGCCGCUGCUUGCAUGCAAUUAUUUUCCGAUGAAUUCCUAUUUAUGUAA